AGCUUCUCCUCUUUAUCGUUCUCCUUAACCUCAUGCGCACCCGUGUAGACUUGAAGCGAGGCUACGAUCAAACUGGAGGUGCCGCUGUCGAGUCGGGCAGUGGGAAGAGGUCCUCUAACUGGGAUCGUCCGGCAGACCCUGAGGCCGCCGUCGUGGAUGUUCCCGAGGGGACCAAUCCUUUGACGGGAGCGCCCUAUUCGAAACGGUACUAUGAGAUUCUCGAGAAGCGGCAACAGCUGCCUUGCUGGCGGGAGAAAGUCGACUUCCUCAAAUUGGUGAAGAAGUCGCAAGUGACGCUACUUGUGGGGGAAACGGGCUCUGGCAAGACUACGCAGAUGCCGCAGUUCCUGUUGGAGGCGGGAUACGCUUCUGAUGGAAAAAUGAUUGCAUGCACUCAACCUCGACGGGUCGCGGCUAUGAGUGUCGCUCAGCGUGUCGCCCAAGAGAUGGACGUCACCCUUGGGGAACAGGUCGGUUUUACUAUCAGGUUUGAGGACCAGACGGGUCCUAAUACAAUGCUGAAGUAUAUGACGGAUGGUAUGCUCCUACGAGAGGCACAGCUAGAUAACAAGCUCAGUCGCUAUAACGUUAUAAUGCUGGAUGAGGCUCAUGAAAGGACACUAGCUACUGAUGUGCUCUUCGGUCUGCUCAAGGAGAUUCUUCCCAAUCGGCCCGACUUGAAAGUAGUAGUGAUGAGUGCUACUUUGGAGGCAGAGGCUUUCGGCAAGUACUUCUACAACGCUCCUCUGUUGAAGGUCCCCGGCCGAACCUAUCCUGUUGAGAUCUUUUAUUCUCCCGAGUCGCAGAAGGACUAUUUCGAGUCGGCCGUCCAAACUGUAGUGUAUAUACAUACGGAAGAGCCGGCUGGAAGUGGUGAUAUACUACUGUUCCUCACAGGAGAAGAGGAAAUUGAGAACGCCUGUAAGCAGCUUCGUACAGCUUCCAUGCGAACUAUGAGGGAACACGGCGAGCUCCUAGUGGUCCCACUCUACUCUAGUCUACCUCCUCGACAGCAGCAGAAGAUCUUCGAGGAGGCUCCACCACCGAGAUACGAAGGAGGUCCGCCCGGCCGGAAGGUGGUUGUGGCCACUAAUGUGGCAGAAACCUCCAUCACUAUAGAUGGUAUUGUCUAUGUCGUUGAUCCGGGAUUCUCUAAACAGAAAGUGUUCAACCCCCGCACCAGGAUGGAGUCAUUGUUGGUGUCGCCGAUCUCACAGGCCUCAGCUCAGCAGAGGGCGGGUCGGGCUGGUCGUACCCGGCCAGGCAAAUGCUUCCGUCUGUAUACGGAGAAUGCUUACGGAGAUCUGCAGCCUUCGACCUUCCCCGAGAUCCUGCGUUCGAACCUCUCAUCUGUCGUUUUGACGCUGAAGAAGCUCGGGAUCGACGAUCUUGUGCACUUCGACUUCAUGGACCCCCCAGCCCCCGAGACCAUGAUGCGAGCCUUGGAGACCCUCGUAUACCUAGGGGCCCUCGAUGAGGAGGGAGACCUCACUGAAUUCGGCAGGACUAUGGCCGACUUCCCUGUGGAGCCUCAGAUGGCUGCCGUAUUAUUACGAAGUGGCCGGUUCCACUGUACUGAGGAGGCGAUAACUAUCAUAGCAAUGCUCUCGGUACCACAGUGCUUCCUCCGACCGAAGGAGGCCCAGCAGGAGGCCGAUGCGGCUAAGCAGAAGUUUGUGCAUAUGGAUGGCGAUCAUCUCACUCUGAUGCAGGCAUAUGAUGCUUAUAUGGCGUAUAAGGUGCAGUGCAAUGGCGUUGAAAAAGCGAUGUCCCAAUGGUGUUGGGAUAACUACAUCAAUUAUCGUACUAUGAAGUCAGCGGAGAAUGUCCGGGCUCAGCUGAAGAGGCUGACCGAUCGAGUUGGGCUGAAUACUCCGAGUCUGGCGAGGAACCAUCCAGAUUUCACAAAUAACGUGAGGAAAUGUAUACUGUCGGGGUUCUUCAUGCAAGUGGCUCACCUGCAAAAGGCUGGGGUAUAUCUCACUACUCGAGAGCAUCAAGUUGUGAUGCUACAUCCUUCUACUGUCAUUCAGCACAAACCGGAAUGGGUACUCUACCAUGAGUUGGUAUUGACGGCUAAGAACUACAUCAGGACCGUUAUGACGAUAAAAGGGGAGUGGCUGCUCGAGUUGGCACCAGGCUACUACAAUAUAGAGGAACUGCCUAACUCGGAGACCAAACGUCAACUAGCGCGUAUCAAGAAAGGUAUGGAGAAGAAGAGAUCAGGAGGGCGCAGUUAGUAGCAGUUGUUGUUGUUCCUAUACGUAUCGAGAGAGAGC